UGCUGCCCGAGCGCGCGCGAGGCUGAGUGUGAGCGCCGUCCCCACCCCGGCCUCCUGGGAGUUGCUCAAUCCGUGCAGCUUGUUCCUGAACUUCUGCCAGUUGUCACGCGUGUGACAACAUACGUGUGUGAGCUGCACGGACAUCACGGCGCUCCCGCGGUCCCUGCGCGAGUCUCGGUCACCUGCGGGCCACGGGAGGGAGGGACACGCCCACACACCCGCGUCGCACGCGGGACCCCGGCCCGAGACCCGCCUCUGCCGCCCGCCCUAACCCCAGACUCUCCGGCAGGCGGAGAUGUGGCUGCCGCUGCUCCUGACCCUGCUGCUGGAGCCGGCGCCCGGGUUCUCGGCUCCCAAGGUGAGGCGGCAGAGUGACACCUGGGGUCCCUGGGGCCAGUGGAGCCCCUGCAGCCGGACCUGUGGAGGGGGCAUCAGCUUCCAGGAGCGCCCCUGCUACUCCCAGAGGAGAGAUGGAGGCUCCAGCUGCGUGGGCCCCGCCCGGACCCACCGCUCCUGCCGCACGGAGAGCUGCCCCGAAGGCGCCCGCGACUUCCGGGCCGAGCAGUGUGCAGAGUUCGACGGCACCGAGUUCCAGGGCAGGCGAUACCGGUGGCUGCCCUACUACGGCGCCCCCAACAAAUGUGAGCUGAACUGCAUUCCCAAGGGGGAGAACUUCUACUACAAGCACAGGGAGGCCGUGGUAGAUGGGACGCCCUGUGAGCCUGGCAAAAGGGAUGUCUGUGUGGAUGGCCGCUGCCGGGUCGUCGGCUGUGACCACCAGCUAGACUCAUCAAAGCAGGAGGACAAGUGUCUGCAGUGUGGUGGUGAUGGCACAACCUGCUACCCUGUCACGGGCACCUUUGAUGCCAAUGACCUCCGCAGAGGGUACAACCAGAUCCUUGUAGUUCCCGUGGGGGCCACCAGCAUCCACAUCGAGGAGGCAGCCGCCAGCAGGAAUUUCCUGGCGGUGAAGAACGUCCGCGGGGAAUACUACCUCAACGGGCACUGGACCAUCGAGGCAGCCCGGGCCCUGCCUGUGGCCAGCACCGUCCUGCAGUACGAGCGGGGUGCUGAGGGGGACCUGGCCCCUGAACGGCUCCUGGCCCGGGGCCCCAUCUCAGAGCCCCUUGUCAUCGAGCUCCUCAGCCAGGAGCCCAACCCUGGUGUACACUACGAGUACCACCUGCCCCUGGGUGCCCCCGGACUCAGCUUCAGCUGGAGCCACAGCUCAUGGAGCGACUGCAGCACCGAGUGUGGUGGAGGUCACCAGUCCCGCCUGGUGUUCUGUACCAUCGACGAUGAGGCCUACCCCGACCACAUGUGCCAGCACCAGCCACGGCCGACUGACCAUCGUUCCUGCAACCCUCACCCAUGCCCGAACACCAAGCGGACCUCUUACCUGCACCAGCCCGGAGCAUGGCACCCUGCUGGGGCCCAGCGUGUGUGUGGGAACAGCUGGAAGAUAGGGCCAUGGGCGCCCUGCUCAGCCUCCUGCGGAGGUGGCUCCCAGUCCCGCUCUGUCUACUGCAUCUCAUCCGAUGGGGCUGGUGUCGAGGAGGCGGCUGAGGAGGCCGAGUGUGCUGGCCUUCCUGGGAAGCCCCCAACCACGCAGGCUUGCAACCUGCAGCGCUGUGCAGCCUGGAGCACAGAGCCCUGGGGAGAGUGUUCUGUCAGCUGUGGCGCUGGCAGCCGGAGGAGGAGCGUCACUUGCCGGGGUGCUGAGGGGUCUCUGCUUGAUGCCAUGGCAUGCUCCUUGGAGGACCAGCCACCCCUCACUGAGCCCUGUGUGCAUGAGGACUGUCCCCCCGUCAGUGACCAGGCCUGGCGUGUCGGCACCUGGGGUCUAUGCUCCAAAAGCUGCAGCUCAGGCACCCGGAGGAGACAGGUGGUCUGUGCCCUUGGGCCACCCAGCCACUGCAGCAGCCUGCAGCAGUCAAAGCCCUCAGACGUGGAGCCCUGUAACACGCAGCCCUGCCACCUUCCUCAGGAGGUCCCCAGCGUGCAGGAUGCGCACACCCGCCCCAGAGACCCCUGGAUGCCUGUGGGCCCUCAGGAGUCCCCUGCCUCAGACUCCAGAGGCCAGUGGUGGGCAGCCCAGAAGCAACCCUCAGCCCUGGGUAACACCAGAGAAGAACAGGGCCCCCACCUGUCAGCCCAGGGCCCAGCUCCCUCUCUGCAGCAGUUCCCACACUGGCAGCCCCUGAGGUCUAGCCCGGGGUCCCUUGACUGCAGACAAAGCCCCCAUGGGUGCUGCCCCGAUGGCUACACUGCAUCUCUUGGGCCACAGUGGCAAGGCUGUCCCAGCACCUCGUGUCUGCAGAGCAGGUACGGGUGCUGCCCUGAUGGCGUGUCUGUGGCUGAGGGACCCUAUCAUGCUGGCUGCACAAGUUCUUACAGCGGUGACAACAGUAGGAGCAGACCAGGGUUGAGAGCAGUAGCUUCCAUGGCCCCCAAGGCCCACCAACCCCAGGCCCAGCAGAAUGAGCCCAGAGAGUGCAGGGGCUCCCAGUUUGGCUGUUGUUAUGACAAUGUGGCCUCUGCAGCUGGCCCCCUUGGGGAAGGCUGUGUGGGCCAGCCCAGCUACGCCUACCCCGUACGGUGCCUGCUGCCCAGUGCUCAUGGCUCCUGUGCAGACUGGGCUGCCCGCUGGUACUUCAUCGCCUCCGUGGGCCAGUGUAACCGUUUCUGGUAUGGCGGCUGUCACGGCAAUGCCAAUAACUUUGCCACAGAGCAGGAGUGCAUGAGCGGCUGCCAGGGGCCCCAACACGGGCCCCACCAUGCCGAGCCUGGGGCCUCUGGCCAGAGCACCCCCACAGAUGGUGAAGGCCAGCAGGAGCCCCGCUGGCACAGGACAGGGGCCACAGUACAGAGAAAGCCCCUGCCUUCUGGUGGCCUCAGGCGGCAAGACCAAGAGCUUGGGCCGGGGGAGACCCCUCAUGCCCAGGUCUUUGGAGAACGGCCUUGGGGCCAGGAGCUUGGGCCCAGGACCCCUGGACUAGACGGAAAUACUGGACGGCCAAUGCCACCCUACCACAGAUCCUCCUACAGGAUUAGCUUGGCAGGCUUGGAGCCCUCCCUGGUGCAGGCAGCCCUGGGGCAGUUGGUGCAACUCUUCUGCCCAGAUGGCACCUCCCCGGAACCCCAGGCUGGGUGGCAGAAAGAUGGCCAGCCCAUCUCCUCUGAAAGGCACAAGUUGCAGUCUGAUGGCUCCCUGGUCAUCAGCCCUCUGCGGGCAGAGGAUGCUGGCACCUACAGUUGUGGCAGCACAAGGCCAGGCCGUGGCUCCCAGAUCCAGCUUCGCAUCACAGGGGGUGACAUGGCCAUGCUCUCUGAGGCUGAGCUGAGGCACUUCCCUCAGACCAGGGACCCAGUCCAGCGCCACAGUUCUCAGGACUCUGGCCUAGGGGGUAAUGCAGGGGGCCUGGGGACCGUCUCCUCCUCACACCAAGGGACCGCAACCAGGCUGCGUCUGGACCGUAACCAGCCCAGGGUGGUAGAUGCCAGUCCAGGCCAGCGGAUCCGGCUGACCUGCCGUGCUGAAGGCUUCCCGCCCCCAGCCAUUGAGUGGCAGAGAGAUGGGCAGCUCGUCUCUUCUCCCAGACACCAGCUACAGCCUGACGGUUCUCUGGUCAUCAGUCCAGUGGCCAUGGAAGAUGGUGGCUUCUACACUUGUGUUGCUUUCAAUGGGCAGGACCGAGACCAGCAAUGGGUCCAGCUCAGAGUUCUGGGUGAGCUGACGAUCACAGGGCUGACCCCUACUGUGACAGUGCCAGAGGGUGACACAGCCAGGCUGCUGUGUGUGGUGGCAGGAGAAAGUGUGAACAUCAGAUGGUCCAGGAAUGGGCUGCCAGUGCAGGCUGAUGGCCACCGUGUCCACCAGUCCCCAGAUGGCACACUGCUUAUCCACAACUUGCGAGCCAGGGACGAGGGCUCCUACACGUGCAGUGCCUACCAUGGAAGCCAGUCAGCCAGCCGCAGCACUGAGGUGAAGGUAGUCCCACCAGCACCUGCCGCCCAGCCUAGGGACCCCAGCAGAGAGUGCAUCGACCAGCCGGAGCUGGCCAAUUGUGAUUUGAUCCUGCAGGCCCAGCUCUGUGGCAAUGAGUAUUAUUCUAGCUUCUGCUGUGCUAGCUGUUCCCGCUUCCAGCCUCACGCUCAUCCUGUCUGGCAGCAGGGAUGAAGGAUAGCUCCAGCCCCAGUUCCAAAGGUUAUUAGGGCUGGGAAGAAGGGAAGAUGGAUUCUCAGCCUCCUCUCUCUGGCUGGCAAAAGGAGUCAUCUUCCGGAGACACUAGCCCUUUCGAAAACCCAGCCAGUGUUUAGCCUCAGCAGCAGCCAGUACCAGCCUCCCUCUGCAGUCCUUAGUGUGCGCAUCUCUGACAUAACCAUAGGCUGCUGCUGAAUUGGCAAGAGGAGGAAUCUGUUUGAAUAAGGAGAACCUUUACUUUACAACUUCUCUUUGUAAUUUCUGUUUCAGGAUCAGUUCACUGCGUUUUAAAGCUGUCAGGGCUCUCACUUUAUUUAAAGCUGGUUGGGAAGGUGUAUAAUGAUUUCAAAGUUUACACCUAUCUUAUAAGGGGAAUGCCAACUCCUGCUGUGUCAGGGAAGUAUUCUGUGCUAGUGCUGUCUCAUCAGGGGUUAAACAGUGUUCCAUUUCUCUAGCCUCUCAUCCUUCUAGGUAGUACAGCAGUCAGCUUCAAAUCCUGUCUGUUUUCCAGGAUUAACACAUAAUGCUUGUGAAAGCUCUCGACAAAGUGGAAUAUAAUCUAAGGCCUCAGUAUAGGGAUUUGGGAUGAAAGAGCUGCAGUUAGCACUGUUAUUUGAGCAUGAAAGAACUGGAAAAGCUCCUUACUUCAUUGGGAAGCUGGACCCUGAAGCCCUCCUGAGGCAGACACGCAACACUGGCUGUGAAGGUUCGUCUGACACCUGUGUAAGGUUGACCAGCCUGCUCUGUACAGCAACAACGAGGAUCCUCUCUUCCGUAAGUGGGAAUCUGUGAAGCAAAAUGUUUGCUACCAGAGAAAAAUCAGACUAUUAAAAACAGCAUUAGCAAGAUGGGAGAUACCAAUAGGGGGUGGGGGUGAGGGCAGUGUAAAUAACAGGGAAUGGUUUGCGUUGGAAGAAGUCAUUCAUCUUUCAGAACCUCUAAUUCCUGAUGCUACUGGAUUCCUUGAAGUGGCUGGAUUCAAUGAGCUUCCAAGUCCCUUUCCACUUUAACCUUCUACAAAUGCUCCAGAGGACUGCCCAAUAACAAAGGUUAUUCCUGGACACAGGAAAGGCAUUACAGGGACUAAAUCUCUGAAAGGUGGCUUAUUACCAACACACUGGCUGGAAAAGCAACAAACUGCAUCACCAGUGAGUGUACAGGUCGGACUACCUCUCAUUCAACAAAGGAAAUAUGGGCCAGGGACAGACGUCUUUUUUUCUUUCCAUUUAUAAAAUACUGAGGAACACCUCUUUUCAUUUACCAUGCUGGUUUUGCUAUAGAAAUUGGAAAAAAAGGGCUACUUUCUUGGACUCCCCAAUUUAAUUAAACAGGAAUUUGGCCUAUUGGCAUAGACACUUGAGAAGGUAAGUUUCAGGUUGGCUUGUCCUUUGCAGCUAACCAUUCUUGGAAUCAGUCACAGAACAGCAGGCUAAGGUUAUAGGUGAGAAUAAAAUUCACUCCAGACCAGUGGUUCUCAACCCUCUUCCUUAUUGGGAGUUUAAAAAAAAAAAAAAAUAGACUGAACUUGGGGUCCCCAUCUCCCCUCCAAAAUUUAGAUUUAAUCAGUUUAGAGUAUAGGCAGGGCAUUAGGAUUUUAAAAGCUCACCAGGUGAUUCUAAUAUGUAGCCAAGGUUGAGAAGCACUCACUGGUCCAGCCUUGGGGUGGGGCUGAGAUUCUGCAUUUCUAAUCAGUUCCUAGGUGAAGUCCAUACUGCUGUUCUAGACUACACUUUGAGCAGCAAGACCUGAUUUUAGAGAUGCACUCAGGAUCAAUCAAUGCCUAAAGUAUGAAUGAAAAUAUGCAUUUCAAGGAUGUACUAGUCCCAAUAAAACAUUUCCUAACUACUAAACUAGGGAUCCACAGCAGCAGCAGAAUGGAAAGAGAAUAAGGCCAAAAAGAACUAAAAGUAACUUACUUUGCUAAUAAAAGGGAAAGAACAGCCCUUCAUGGUCAAAAGGUUCUACCACGAACAUUUAUUUCUGUUAAAGCAGAUUAUAAAUUGUCAUCAGUACAAAUAUAUAUAACUUACAUUUGAUUGUAAGGCCAACGUUCAAAAGUAAAAAUGAGAUGGGAUCUCGUGUUGUUACCCGAGGUUAAGUGGCUGCUACUAGCGAUGGGAUGUUCUGCUCACCAAAAGGGGGGAUUCAGUGGGGGGGGCACACAAAGCUAAUUAAAACCAGAAUUCCCAUCCCCACAAAACUUGUGGGAACAAAAUUUAAAGGACGAAACAAAACCUGCUAAGACCCACAUUAAAAACCAACACAGUAACCUGCGUUCCCUUCUGUGGAUAUGAUUAUGUCAUUGUCACUUUAGUGUUAAAGGAUUAACAUAAGGAAAUUGCAACAAUAUAUAAAAGAAUACAUAUUCUCUAUAAAGCAUAUUUAGAUUGAUUCCAUUAAAAUAAUGACAUUAGAAUUUCAUCAUAGGUUUAAAACCAGGACAAUACUGCUCUUUUUCUUUAUUUAAAACUAUAACCUAGUGACUGUAUUGGUCAUAAGCAUGAUUGUUGUUGCAAUGUGCUACUUACAAUGAAUGAUGGCAAACAAGCUAGGGAUCCCGUCUGCAACCUCCAACAUUUCCUCUUUCUACUUCAAUAGGCAUCAAUGAUAAAUCAAUCUUAUGUACAAUUUCUUACAACUAACCCUUUUACCUUUGGCAAGAUUACUUACAGCUCAUACAACUUUUUAAUAUCGAACUAUUUAAAAUAUUGUAAAUGCAUAAAAAUAAAGAUU